CACCCCCUCUGCAAAACCCUCCCCUCCUCUCUUUGAAGAAGAAGAAGCAGACGAAGAAGAAAGAAAUGGGGGCUGGGAAGCGGGAGAUCCAAACCUCACUGGACGGACUGAGGGAAAAGAACUUGAUGCAGCUCAAGAAGCUCAACACUGCUCUCUUCCCCGUUCGCUACAACGACAAGUACUACGCCGACGCUCUCGCCGCCGGUGAUUUCUCCAAACUUGCAUAUUUCAGUGAUAUAUGUGUUGGUGCAAUUGCAUGCCGGCUUGAGAAGAAGGAAGGUGGGGCUGUCCGCGUGUACAUCAUGACAUUGGGAGUUUUGGCACCAUAUCGUGGGAUAGGCAUUGGUAAAAUGCUGUUGAACCACGUUUUUGAACUCAGCACCAAGCAAAACAUUUCCCAAAUUUACCUGCACGUUCAGACUAACAAUGAUGAUGCCAUAAGCUUCUAUAAGAAAUUUGGGUUUGAAAUCACAGAAACUAUCCAGAACUAUUACACAAACAUCACCCCUCCGGACUGCUACGUGCUUACCAAGAAUAUUACCCAACCUCAGACAAAGAAGUAACAUGUCAAGCUGUCAAAUGGGAAGUUUGUUACAUCAAUUUUUGAUAUCUGUCACUUCUCAAUUGUGCUUGAUUAGUCUAGUUAUAAACUUGCAAAAUCAUUGGAAGGCCGUAUCAUGUGAGAGUUCAUCUGCUAUGUUUCUGCAGACAUGACUGCCUCUUUCCUUAUUGUACCAAGACAAGAAUGUCAUUUGAAAAUUUUGUAAUCUAUUGGCACCAGGUAAAGAGUUUUCAUCUUCUUCAGAAAGG